UUUGUAAUUAAUAUAAGGGAAAAAUGUUUACAGAGGACGCUACAGUACGAAGAGAUUUAAUUAAAUUGGUUGGACCUAGUAACUCUAGGUGAAGCUUCCCAUCGGUUGGUUGUGUCCAAUUGUUGUCCAAAGGUUAUAAACGUUAAGAAGAGUGCAUAAACAAUGGGAAAACACGAAGUAGGCACACCAAAGUACAUUGCUAAUAAGAUCAAAGCAAAAGGGUUACAGAAAUUAAGAUGGUAUUGUCAAAUGUGUCAGAAACAGUGUAGAGAUGAAAAUGGUUUCAAAUGUCAUACAAUGUCAGAAUCACAUCAUCGUCAACUGUUGCUCUUUGCUGAGAAUGCGCACCGAUAUAUGGACCAAUUUUCGCGAGAUUUUUCGAAAGGCUAUUUAAACUUGUUGAAGAGACAAUUUGGUACCAGACGAGUACCAGCGAAUCGAGUGUAUCAAGAGUAUAUCUCUGAUAAGGGGCACAUACAUAUGAAUGCAACUCAAUGGCUCACAUUAACAGCAUUUGUUAAAUGGCUAGGACGCACUGGGCAGUGCGUUGUCGAUGAAACGGAAAAAGGCUGGUAUGUAACAUAUAUUGAUAGAGAUCCUGAAACUCUUGCUGCACAGGAGAAAAAAGCAAAGAAGGAAAAAAUGGAUAAGGAUGAUGAAGAACGAUUAAUGGAUUUUAUUGAAAAACAAGUAGAGAGAGCAAAACAAGAUAUAAAGGAAGAAGAGAAUGAGACAUCCAAGAUACCAUUAACACGUCCUGAGAAUGAUGCACCUUUAGUUCUAGAUAUUAAAUUGAAACCAAAGCCAAAGUUUCUCUCUAUACUAAACAUGAAGCAGAAGAUAAAAAUUGAAGAUAUUAAUGAAGAUACACCUGCUACAAGUAAAUCAACCAACGAGAAAAAUGAAAAACGAAAAAUAUGUAAUAACGAUGAAAAAAUGAAAUCUACAAAAAAAUUCAAAAGUGAUAACAAUCCAUCUGCAACUGAAGGUUGGCUUAAAGAAGGUUUAAUGGUUAAGGUUAUUUCAAAGAGUCUAGGUGACAAAUAUUAUAAAGCUAAAGGCAUAGUUCAAACAGUCGGCAAAGAUAAUUUCGUUGGUAAAGUAAAACUAAAGACACCGGAAGAAGUUAAUGGACAUAUUAUACAACUGGAUCAAGAAUACUUGGAGACGGUCAUUCCUGCGAUAGGAAAGGAAGUCCUAAUUCUUUGGGGAAAACAUAAAGGCAAGAAAGCAGUAGUAAAAAAAUUGCAUAUAGAGUAUUAUAGCAUAGAUGUUGAAUUUGAGCAAGAUAAGACAAUUGUAGAAAUGCUUCCAUAUGAACAAGUUUGCAAAUAUAUAAAUAUAUAAAUUGACUAGUCGCUUGAAAAAGAAUCGUUAGGAAAAAAUAAUGUAUUUUCGUAUUAUUGUAAUAUCUUCAAUAUACUUAUUAUAUUACUCUCUAACGAGCACCUGUGUACAAAUUUAACAAUAUAUUAAAUAUUAAUACUUAGUGCAUAAAGUAUUCUACAGGCAAUUUGGAAAGCAAUUUUCUACAAAACAUUUGUUAAAUUUUCUUAUUAAAUAUGAAAUAAGUUGAGCUAUUUGGAUUUUUUACUAAGUAUAUAUUAGUUUAUACAUACAUGCUAUGUAAGUACAUAUCUAAGAUUAAAGUAGUAAAAAGAAUAUUACAUGUACAUCAUCUAUGUAAUGAAAUACUGUAAUAU